UACUCAUUUGAGAUAUUGACCGUCGACUAUGUUCACAAAGAAAAUGUCGUGCUCUUCAAGACAUGAUUCAUAACUUCGGAAUAUGUGCAGGACCAUGACUGAGACCUCGACUGGAAGAUGUAUUCAAAAUGAAUUUCUGUGAUUGAGGAAGAGCAUGGAGAUCAGAAACCGGUUUUCAGCUUGUUGGGAGAGUUGUCUCACUUGUUUUAAGAAAUCAAAUCCAAAUAUGAUUAAGAAAGAUAACCAGAAAAAAGAACCUGACGUUGUUUUUGAAAACUCAAGCGUUGUCCGAACCGUUGAGAUGAACUUGAGAACCCAAGUGGACGAUGUGGAGAAUCGUUUUGUUGCACUUUAUGACUACUCGGCCCGCACUGAGGAGGACUUGAGUUUUAACGCGGGUGAUAUUUUGGAAGUUCUGCAUAAAAAUGCCGGAGACUGGUUGUUUGCAAAAGCACUAACUGGAGUGUCAACAUCUAAAAAGGGCUAUAUCCCCGCAAAUUAUGUGGCGCCGGUGGAGAGUAUCGACGCAGAACCGUGGUAUUUUCCAGAGACAAAAAGGCUGGAUGCAGAGAAGAUGCUUUUAUCAGGAAAAAACCAACAAGGAUCCUUCCUAAUUAGAAACUGUGAAAGCCAGAGAGGGGAGCUGUCCCUCUCAGUGUUGGACAAUGGCAGGGUGAAGCAUUAUAAGUUAAGAAAAACAGAACAUGGUUUCUACUAUGUCUCAAAGACCAGAGUAUUUGAAACACUGAAAAAGUUAGUGCAUCACUACUCAACACAAGCAGAUGGCCUGUGUGUCCGUCUAGGAGAACCUUGCAAAAAGAUUGAGGCUCCGCAAACUCAUGGCCUAUCCUAUAACACUGUGGACCAAUGGGAGAUUGACCGCAAUUCCAUCAAGCUCCUACAUAAACUGGGUGCAGGUCAGUUUGGAGAAGUUUAUGAGGGCCUAUGGAAUGACACCACCGCUGUUGCAGUGAAGACACUCAAACCUGGUACCAUGGACGCUGAAGACUUUUUAAGAGAGGCUCAAAUUAUGAAGAGACUGAGGCAUGCCAAACUAAUCCAACUUUAUGCCGUGUGCACCAUGGAAGAGCCUAUCUACAUUAUCACAGAGCUGAUGAAGAACGGGAGUUUGCUCGAAUACCUCCAAAAGGACAAAGGUACCAAACUACACCUCCCUGACCAGAUUGAGAUGGCUGCUCAGGUGGCAUCUGGUAUGGCUUUUCUGGAGGUGCAAAAUUACAUUCACAGAGAUCUUGCUGCCAGGAAUGUGCUGGUAGGGGAGAACAACAUCUGUAAAGUGGCGGAUUUUGGCCUCGCAAGGGUAUUUCAGACUGACAACGUGUACGAGGCAAGAGAAGGGACCAAAUUCCCGGUGAAAUGGACUGCUCCAGAGGCUAUUCACAACAACAUUUUCACAAUAAAAUCAGAUGUCUGGUCAUUCGGUAUUCUGUUGUAUGAGAUCAUGACAUUUGGUAAAAUGCCUUAUCCAGACAUGACAAACUACCAGGUUGUCCAGCGAGUUCCACAAGGCUACAGAAUGCCAUGCCCCCCCAACUGCCCCAAUAUCAUGUAUGGCAUAAUGAUGGACUGUUGGAAUGAGAAUGAACACGACCGGCCCACAUUUGAAACCUUGCAGUGGAAGUUGGAGGACUUCUUUGACCUGAACGCUACUUCCUAUGAUGACGCUGGCCACUAUUAGCACACUGAUCAUGUGAAUGCAACUCUUGUAUCAUAAGAAAAAAGGAAAAACA